GUUUUCUUAAGUGAACCUCCUCGUAGGUACAUGAAUUGAACAGGAAGUGAAUAGAAAUGUGUGUCAAGUGGAAAAGUGGAUAAAACCUAUGAAAAGCAACGAGAGCGUAUCGUCGGGAGUGUCUCCGUGAGAGAACUAAACGUGACGUGCCAAAGUGCGGAUUAAAAGCGUGAGUGGAUUAAAAGUGUUAAAUGGGCGUCGGGGAGUGCUCGGACCUGGAGCGGGGGCUCUCCCGCACGGCUCUGGCCACGAUUCGAGGGAUCCUCAUCUCCUCGCUGUCCAAAGAAAACCUGGGCCCUAUGGAGACGUACGCCCCCGAGCCGGCACCCCCGCGCCCGGUGGCGCCCACCCGGAAGCAUAAGCGCCGCGUCACCUUCGACAGCGGCGCCCUAAAGGCCAGUGCCCUCGGCGACCAGCAGGCCCCCGACGAGAAAGGGCGCCCCGUCUCCGAGGAGUUCCACCACAGCUACGAGAGCUACGACAGCAUCAGCCUCGACGACUCCUCCGCCGGUGCUACUCCCGUUGACGGGCGGGCCAAUGAAAAACCAGAAUCUAGCUCAAUAGACAACAGCAGUAACAGUCAUCCUCGAAAUACCACAUCUGCUUUAUCUACCUCAUCUAAAACCGGAGCACGAGAGUCAGUAAACGCCACUUGCCUACAGCGAGAUCGAGAGGAGCGGCUCAAAAUCCUCAGAGAGAAGCAAAAUGAAGAGCGACAACGAAAACUCGAGGAGCUCAAGCAGCAAGCUCUUGCAGCUCAGAAAUUUAGGGAACAAAAAGAGGAAGAGAGAAGGAGAAGGAUGGAAGAGCUCCGAAUGCGAGAUUCAGACAAAAGGCACCAGGUAGAAGAAAGAAAGCGUCUAAUUUUUGAAGCUGAAAGAGAGAGAAAGGAAGCCAUCCUUCGAAAAAACCAGGAACGGGAGGCCAGAAUUGAAACCAAAAGAAGACAUGACCGUAGCUCUAUAGUAUUCGCAUUCGGAAGUUCAACACCCAGAAUGUUAGAGCCUGCUGACACUGGAGGGUCAUAUUGGGCUAGCAGAAGAGCAACAUCAACAAGCAAUGUGAUGAUGGCUGCUUCUAUAACCCCCGGUCCCUUGACUCGUCGCUCCUCUGAAAGAGAACUGGCAGACGGCACAUCCAAGAAACGAGCCACUUCAGCCAGCGGACUGUUAAACCGAAACAACCCUCUCCAAUGUGCUAGCAUGGAAGGGAGUGAGGAUGCUCCUGGAAGCACAAGUAGUCAAAAUUCUGUACUGUCUCGUGCUGCAAGGCGCAAAACUGACCUCAUGCCGACAAUACCGUCCUCCUCUCCAUCGCACAGUCGGCCAAGUUCUGCUAUGCGACGCACCCCAGGUAGGGCAUUCUCUAUGUCCCGGCUAGACAUCUUAGCUACGCCUCGGCAACCGCAGUUGCCAAAACAGCGCCAUUCACAACCAUUACCACAACAGAAACCGCUGAGCGAGAAUAGCAUGUCACGUAGUAUGUCUCACUUGGCGGUUAAGUCAAAUCUCCGUCGUAAUGACACCCAUCGCAGCAUGACCCAGCUAGGACCCAUACCCCCUCCUCGCCCCACUCGUGCUGAAAGAUUGCGCCGCCGUGCUCGUGAAGCUGCCUCUAAUUCACCUGCUAGUGGUCAAGGUGUGAAAUCUGGAGAUGUGACACCAACGACCUCUCGACCUGCAAGUGCCUUGAGUCAGCACAGCAGCUCAAGCAGCGUUCGCAUGAGACCUGUUGCUGCACCACGCCGACCGAGACCAAUUAGUAUAGCUGUAACAGGAGUCUCAACAGAUCCUCUCUCAGCAAAAACAAGUCCGAAUGUAGCCAAACCACCUUAUACUCCUGGUAUUGAUAAACCUCCCAUUCCCAGAUCAAAUUCUACUCAUAAAAAAUUAUCGUCAAAGACAGAUGUCACAAAGAAGUCAAAUGAAAAAUUAAUUAAGUCAGCAAAGAGCUCUGGGGCCAAUACUCCAAAAGCAACUCCCCUCCAGUCACCAGGUAUUGAAACGAGAGUAACGAACAUAAGUAGUGAGCCAACGGAGGCAGUAACUGCCACUAGUCCCGAGCUGACAACUGUGAUAAGCAAGUCAGCUGUUCCUACCGUUGUAGAUGUUCAGUACAAUCCUCCAACUUCAGACGUGGUGCCACCAGUGGAAGCCUUUGAGAACAUUAAAAUAGAAUCUGAAGGAAUAGAAAACAAUAGUGGCGCUGCCUCUGAUUUAGCCGAGUGUGACAUGUCAGCAUCAAUGACAGUGAAACGAAUUACAACUGAAGAGGAAGCCAAAGCUGCAUUGGCAGAACGUAGACGUCUGGCCAGAGAGCAGGCAGAGCGUGAAGCUGAGCUAGAACGACAGAGACUUGAAGCUGAACGUUUAGCAGAAGAAGAGCGUUUGAAACGUGAAGAAGAAGAACAGAGAAGAGCAGAAGAAGAACAAAAUCGGUUAGCAGAAUUGGCUAGAAAAGCAGAAGAGGAGCGACUAGCAGCUGCCAUUGAAGAAGCAAAAAAACGAGAAGAAGAAGAGAAGAAACGAAAAGAAGAAGAGCAAAGACAAAAAUUAGAGAGAGAAGAGGCUGAACGUAAAAUGAAGGAGGAACUUGAAAGGCAAAGAAAAGAAAUGGAAGAAAGGCUGAAAAAAGAAGAGGAAGAUCGACAAGCCCGGCGCAAGAGGGUUGAGGCUAUUAUGUUGCGCACUCGCGGUAAAAGUAUGACCUCUUCGAUGACUUCUACCAAAGACGAAGGCGAGGAGGAUGAAGAGUGCAAUGGGAAUAGAGAACCUCUGGAAAAUACCAAUUCCAUUUUAGCUUCAAAUAACCCUUUCAAUGUUAGUGCCCAAAACGAGCAGAACCGCACAAAUGGCCAUAAAAAUGGUUACAGCACAACAGUGCAACAAAAUAACACAUCAAAUAUUCUCAUCGAUUUAGAUCCAAGUGCAACAAGUAAUACAACAGUGCCUCGAACUCAAAUUAUCGACCUGGGAGGUAAAAUACCCAACGAAGAUAGCAUAAAUUUUACUCAUAAUGAUGGAGAUUUGCUGUCUUAAUCUCAAGGCGGAUGCAUGUAUAUGCUAUUAGUCGGAUUGUUCUAGAAUUCACCAAGACUGACUGUCAUUAGUGGGCAAGCAAGCAUAAUCGUUUUUGUUUUUCAUUGUUAGAAUUGUAGAUAGAGAAAAUAUUAAUAAAAAUUAAGAAACUACCCGAAAAAAAAACAAAACAAAAAAGAAAAAACAAGCAAAAAAAAUAAAAAAAUUUAAAAAAGAAAAAAAAAGAAAGAAACAAAAUCCCUUAAACACGAGGGUGCGAAAAACUACUGCAAUUUCCUUGAUUAGUUUGAUGUAAGCUUUAAAGUAAUACACAAGUUAAGAGAUUUUAAAGAAAAUGGUCUUUAAAAUGAAAUGGAGAAACCAUAUGAAAUUUUCCCUUUUAUCCAUUCUCUACUUUUAUACCUUUCUCAUGAUGUACAUAAGGUUUUUAUCGUUUUGGUUUGCUAUGUUAUCUUUCUUUUUUUAUAACCCAAUUUUAAUACCCUGAAUAACUUUUCCCUUCUCAUAUUUUAUUGGCAAUAAUUGUUCUACAGCAGGAAAAUGAAACCCCCUUCAAUUUCAUUCUUUGUUUUAAUUUUAGUUUUUUAUCAAAAUAUCAUUGCUCGAGGUGUAAUUGUAUUUCGAAAUUUUGAAUUACUUAUUAACAGUGAGUUAACUAAUAUCUGUUUGAUAAUUUGUGUAUCAUAGUGUCAGGAGAUAAGGUAUUGCUUGAUGGUGCAACUUCCUCGACAAAGUUUGAGGUCCUUUUCCCUUGAAUUUUUGCUGCUACAGUCCGUCCAUACCUUUUCUCCUACUGUGUCCUCUCAUCUGGAGUGAGAAUAGGAACCAGUGUGUGUUUCAAGUCUUUUAACAAAUGUAUGUAACAAAACUAAUGUGCAACUCGUAUGUUGGUGUAAUUAACUUCUAUUGCCUAAUUUAUUACAAAUUUAAGAUGAUUUUUCCAAACUUACCCUUUGAAAGGUCCGUUCGCUCCAGUCAAUUCCUUUGAAAUGAUUAAUUUUUCUUAAUUUCUGUAUUAUGCUCUUUCAAGUUGUAAGUGUCUGUUUUUCCUAAAAAAAAUUGUAUGCUUCAUGUUCAGAUUCUUUUCCUAGUAAGUUCAAAUAGAAUGUAUCUGAACCAUUUUUUCUACUUAGUACAUCUGUUAACCCAUUUUCAGAUACUUUUGGUUUCUGCACAUGCUUCAACUGCAGGGAAAGAGGUGAAAAUUGAAUUUGGAAGACAGUAUGUUUCUCUCCCUACAAUAUUCUUGUAUUCCCUCUCUAUCAUACUUAUGCCUCUCAUCAUUUUACUGCGGUCAUUUACCUAACCUUCUGCAGGCCAACUAAAAUAUUGUUAUACUCAGUUCAGUUGCGAUCAAAAUAGUCUCUCUUGGUGGUAUUUUUGCAUUUCAUAAUUUUUUAACGGUAAUUUUCGUGCAGGCCAACUAAGAAAAUAUUUUUCUCAGUUUGGUUAAGAUCGGAAAAGAUUUUUUGCCCUAGGGUGCUUGAUUUUCAAAAGUGGCUGCAUACAUUUUGCUUAAGUAGAUAGGUACUCUCUGUAGUAAUUACUUGCUUUUUUAAAGUGGGUGCUCAAUUAUUUCUACACUCUUUGAAAUUAUGAGAAGGCUGGAAAAUCUAAUGACGAGAGUUUACUUUGCAUUACAUUUUUUUGGCUUUCUAAUGUGUUUUAAAAGCUCAAUUAGUACCUUACAAGCUCCAACACAAAUUAUGGUGCAUUGUACUUCACAAGUUCUCAAAAAUCAAACUAAUCCUUUGCAUGUACACAGAAUGUAGCCUUAAAAUUUUUAGCUUUCAACAAAUCAUUCGCAAAUCUUAGAACCCAAAAGAGAGCAUUGAAAAACCCAUCCUAAAGUCUCCCAUAAUCUUAAAGUAUCAAUUUUAUAUACUCUAGCUGUGAAUGUUUUUAUUAACUGACUCUCGACUACUUUUAAAGCUGAUAGACUUAUCCUAACCUAGCUUCGCGGACGAACGAGACAUUACUUUUCAGCAUAGUAAAUUGCAAGAACGCGUAUCUCAGUUUGCAUGGUUGCAGAUUUUCUGUCAUACUUUAUUUUUUAUAAAUUGGAAAAAUACUGGAAUUUUAUUUCUUGAAAGCUCUCCUGUUUUCUUCCUUAUGUGAAGAAAAUUCUGUGAAAAUUUCGAGUAACGGUUCAUUCUCCUUUGAUUCAAUGAAAUGAGAGCAGAGAUUUUUCACCAUGACAAUCGAGAUACGCAUUCCUGCAGUUGCACUGUCUGUUGGGUUGGAGUUAAUUUUCCUGUGUGGAAUUGAAACCCACGGAAUUAAGUCAUAUUACAUUUUGAAACCAAAUGGGCCUGUAUUAAUCUCAUACAAUUUCUUCAAAAUGUCUUAAUUUUGUUUGAACCAAUAAUUUUUACCCUAGGUAUAUUUCAUAAGUUUUUUCCAUUCUAUGCUUUAGUAUUGAUGUUCUUUGGUUUUAAAUUUAACACAACAAAAAAGAUCAUACACCCUGAUGAAUAAGUGUAAAUUACUAAUUUGAAAAUUAAAUCAGGUUUACUGUUUGAAUUCGCCCUCCUGCAUGAUUGAAGAUUGUGAGCUUUGCGCUUUUGACCCCUUCAAAUUUCAUCAAAGUUGUCAAAGUUUCGUAAAUUAAUUCAAAUUAAUUUACUGUAAAUUUCAGUGGAGCAGCUAGAGGCAUAUUUCCUUCUGACAAGUAUUGUUUUCUAUUUUUAUAAACUUGACUUGACUAAGGCCAGUUUCCUUUUGUAACAAUGAAAAGGAAAUGAUUCUUUUUACGCUCAAUUCAAUAAUAAUCUAAAGAAAAAAUGAAAUGGCAUCAGCAUGAAGUUUUUUGUCUUAUUGUGAGUACAUCAUGGUUAGAUUUGUAUUCUUCAAGGAUGAGCUGCAAAAUUCUCGUAUUUUACCUCUUUAAAUUCCAUUGGCUGUUUCUGUCGAAUAAAUACAGAAGCCGACGGAUUGGUUCUGACAACCCCGAAAUUCCAGUCAGAAUACAAACAAGAUUUUAUUUUCCCCUUUUCUUUAAAAUACUGUCUCAAAAUCCUGUAUGAAUGUAAUUAGAGGUUUUUUUUUUUCUUGUUUUCUUCUUUAUUUUUAACUUGAAACUUCAGGAAAGCCCCAUUUUGUCUCAUUAUGUAAGUCUAUCUCUGGCUAGUGGCUCACUUAUUAGGCAGAUUUUGGCGAAGCUGAUCAUUUGACAACACCCCCCCCCCUUUCCCCCACAAGAAAAGAAUACAUCAUGAAUAUCAGUAGUUAUUUUGUGUUCACAUGCAGAACUCAGAAAGGUAAUUCAGAUCGUCUAGUGUCCAUGAAAGCACCAUACAAAAAUUAGAUUCGUUGUUUUCAAAAGUAUGUUACAGGCAUUCUCAAAGGCACUUUCCUGCUCUAAGGAAAUAGUCUGUUCAAUGUAAAAAUCCAUGCAGGAUAUCCGAUUUAAAAGUAUAAGCUUAAUUUGUACCACUGCCUUCUCUUGCAUUGGAAAUUUUUAUUUUUUUAAUUUAAUAUAAUUAUCUGUAAUAAUUUUAUUACUAUGUGAUCGUACAUUUAUACGAUAUCUCAUUUUGGAAGGAAAAAAAAAAAAAUUAAGACGUAGGCAAUAAAAUAUUAGUCUUUUUCUGAUACAGGGUGUCUAGCAAGAGGACAAAUUUGGAAAGUCCUAGAGUUGAAGUUGAUCAGGGAGGGUUUCAAACUCCUGGGCAAGAUCAUGAAUUUUUGCAUAACUUCACGGUGCUCCGAUACACAGCUCCUCAGCCUUUCCCCCUCAUUAGUGAAUUUGUUUUUGAAUAUUGAGUCCCGUACUAAUCCAUACUUGAAACUUGUGCUGAGCUAAGUUUAUUUGUGUGUUUAUUUUGGAGGAAAAUGCAAGAAAGAAUAAUGGAGAGUCAGGGAGACAGAAGAUUCAAGGAUUAGGAAAAACCUGAGGAGUCAAGAAGUAAAAGAACAUUUCGUUAGGCACCCUGUGACGAAGAUCUCUGAAUGAAGUUGAGCUCAAAAUUUGUCCAAAUGAUCCAUGAGAUCAAGCUCGCUAUUGAAAAACAUUCCAAACUAAGUUAAUGAUCGCUUCCUGAUGAUCAGUGAUGCAUUGGCAUCCAGAAUUGCCAAAAGAUAGCUUGGAUUUUAUUGUUUGCGCAAUUCAAGAGAGGAGGAUAUCUAAGUUUAUAGUCCGAGUUUAAUUUGUACCUUCAUCUUCUCUCACAUUGAAAUCAUUUGCUUCUUAGAAAAGUCUUAAAUUUUCUUUGGAGAUUUUUUUCUCUAUUCAUUCAUCGGAAAUUUAAAUCUAAUUAUUUUUCUCUACUACUGUAUUAUUAAUUCCGCACCACUAAUAAAAUAAGGCAAGCAAGAACAUCUUCGCCUUUUCUUAGUCGGCUGCAUUAAAAUAAUUAACAAUGAGAGACAGGUGCUCAGUACAUUGUGUAGUCCUGAAAUAUUACCAUAUAUUAGUUUUUGUUCACAACAGAGUUAACUACAUGGAUCAUUGAUGAAACUUCUAAAAUGAGGAUUCUACAUGAGCCCUCCCAUCAUCAAUGCAUUUCACUGGCGACAAUAUCCUGAACACUGGUUGAGUGUACACACAUUUUUUCCCCCUCAAGUAUUUAGAAGUCACUCUACUAAAUUUUCAGAUAAGUUGUGAAUCCGUGAUAAUUAACAAAUUAGUGAUGAAAUUUUGACGGUAUUGACAUCUCUGCAAGGUCGGUAGAUAAUAUAGAGCUUCACUGUUUUUUAUAGCAAUUGCUAGAUGAAAGAACUUUAGGACAACUUCGGUGAUUAACCUUUUGUGAAAGCCAAGUUAAUGUUUGCUUCACAUUUUAUUCUAAAGGACCUUUUUAAGUAAAAUCAUUUGACUUUGAAUCAGUAGUCUGCCUCUUUAAUGUGCAAAAUAGUUCAGUUCUUGAAGUUUUAUCUUGUGUCAGUAGCAAAAUUAAUUUAUUUUUGCUGUAAUGUAUAAAUUGCAUAUCUGUACAUACAUGUAGUCUCACCCUUUUUCUUUUUUUAACAUACUUCGUUAUUCAUGAAAUCAAUGUUGAAUAAUAUAUUUAUUACGUUAUACAGUUGUUAUGGUAAUUCAAGAGCCUUAGGCUGUAUUACUGUGCUAUUUUUAUCUGUACACCUUCUCCUUCCUUGGAGUUAAAUUUCUCAACUAUUUAUUGUUACAACCUUAAUUAUGAAUAAAAUUAAUAAAUUGAAUAUCAAAAA